UCUAUUAUAUUUAUUUGAACUAACUUUUGAUUUAAAAAAAAUCUCAACCCCUCCUCUAAAAAAACAACAUUUAUUUCUACAAAAUUUAAUCCCCUAUGAUAACUAAUCUAUUCUCUAUUUUUGACCCUUCAACUAGUAAAAUAUUUAGACUAAACUGACUUAGUCUUUUUAUCCCUCUUCUCCUUAGCCUUCCUCUCUUUUGAACAACCCCGUCCCGACCAUUAAUAUUCACCUAUAUCAUUUUCAAAAAUAUCUCAAAAGAAAUUAAUAUAAACCUUAAAAAUCAAAACCUUAACUCUUCUCUUAUAUUCCUAGCUCUCUUCUAUUUUAUUAUUAUCAAUAAUCUCAUAGGCCUUUACCCCUAUAUCUUCACUGCCACAAGCCACCUAACAAUUACUUUAGGCCUAGCCUUCCCCUUAUGACUCUCCCUCAUACUAUGAGGUUGACUUAAAAAAACAAAUAACAUAUUUGCGCACCUAGUACCCCUAGGUACUCCCCUGCCCUUAACCUUCUUCAUAGUUUUAAUUGAAAGUAUUAGUCUUCUAAUCCGCCCCAUCACCCUCUCUGUUCGAUUAGCAGCAAAUAUAAUCGCAGGCCAUUUACUUUUAUCCCUUCUAAGUAAUAUUAGAGAAAAACUCCCUAGUGCUAAUAUCUUUAUCUACCCCCUUAUUCAAACCCUCCUAUCCCUAGAAUAUGCAGUUGCCAUAAUCCAAAGUUACGUUUUUAUCGUCCUAAUUUCUCUCUACCUAGCUGAAAUUAACUAUGACAUACCACCCAUAUCAUAUAGUAAACCCCAGUCCCUGACCCCUACUAAUAGCCCUCUCAAUUGGCUCUAUAAUCACAGGCCUAGCCUAUUCUUUAACCUCAGGAUUUGAUUCUUGUAUAAAAUUCUGAGGAUGACUCCUUACUAAUAUUUUUGCCUUCCUAUGAAGACGAGACAUUAUCCGAGAAGCCACAUACCUUGGUUACCAUACUAAUAAAGUUUAUGAAGGAUUAAAGCUUGGCAUACUCCUCUUUAUUCUAAGAGAAAUCUUAUUUUUCUUUAGUUUUUUCUGAACCUAUUUUCAUGGAAUACUUGCUCCCGAUUUAGAACUAGGCCUAGCCUGACCUCCAAAAGGUAUUAACAACUUUAACCCAUUCCAAAUUCCUCUUCUUAAUACUUUAAUCCUUCUCUCCUCAGGCAUCUCAAUUACAUGAUCCCACCACAGACUUAUCAACAAUAAAACAUCACAAAGCAUUCUUAGACUAAAAAUUACUAUUGCCCUCGGAUUAUACUUCUCAAUCCUUCAAGCUUUUGAAUAUUUUAUAGCACCCUUUACCAUAGCAGAUAGUAUGUUUGGAAGAAUUUUCUUCCUUGCUACAGGGUUUCAUGGCCUACAUGUUCUUAUUGGAACACUCUUUAUCCUUGUAUCCCUUUUUCGAAUAAAUACCCUCCAUUUCAACAAGUUCCAUCACUUCGGAUUUGAAGCAAGAGCUUGAUACUGACAUUUUGUGGAUGUAGUCUGAAUAUUUUUAUAUCUUUUCAUAUAUUGAUGAAUUUUCUAAACUAUUA